UUAACACUCGUUUGUGGAAGACGUAAAAGAGAUAUGUAGAGACAUACAACAAGAUACAACAGCAUUAGAGUAUAUGUACUGACUCAUUGACAUUUUUUGUCCCAAAUCAAGUAUUAUAAAACAAAACAAAGAUGAAAGCGUUGUUCAUUCUAUUCUUGUUGCUGCCUGCGAUGUCUCUAGUUGAUUCACAUAAGAGGGAUUUUGAACAAGUAGAUGAAUCAUUUGACUCUGAAAACAUGAAAUACAUCCCAGAAAAGCAAAGAGAACUAGACGACAAAUAUAAGCUAAAUGAAGAGAACAGCAUGAUGAAAAAGACCAUUGCUGCAAUACAUCAACGAGAUGGAGGAAUGGAAGACGACAAUGAAAGUUAUGACAAAGAAAAUAGCAGAGUAGAAAAAUCUAAAUUUCGUCAAAAAUCAAGUCUUGUCGAAGAAAACAGAUAUUACAAUAAAACGAGAGAUGUUGAUCGACUAAAACAAGAAGAUUUUGAAAAGAUGAAAUAUCAAACUUAUGACAGUUUGCAAAAAUCGGAAGAGGACGAUAAAUCCGAUUAUGACGUUAAUGAUAACAACGAUGAUGAAAAAAAUGAGUACAAAAAUGAUGGCGCCUAUCUUAACGAUGAUGAUGAUGACAAUGACGAUGACGAAAAUGAAGACAAAAAUGAUGACGUCGAUGAUGAUGAUAUUGAUGACAAUUAUGAUAGCGACGUGGAUGAUGACAACAAUGGCAACAUCUACGAUAAAGACAUUGAUGACAAAAGUAAUGACGACAAUGACAUGAAUGAUGAAGACCAUGAUGAUGACGUAGAAGGUGAUGACAAUAAAAAGAUCACGAGUAGAGAAAGUUAUUCAAACGAACAUAGAGAAAACAAGAAGGAAAGCACGCAUAACACGGACAAAAAAAACUCGAUCAACAAUAAAGAAAAAAGUUACGAAAGCAAAAAUUAUGAUAAUGAAGAAAAUUCUGGAACAUUACAUCUUAUCAAAAACAAGGCCGAUAAAGGUAUAAACCACGUCAACGAGAAACAAAAUGAUACGGAAGAUAAACACGAUAAAAACAAUAAAGAAAAAAAUGUGAUAAAAGAUGGAAACGAUAACUCAAACCUAGACUCGCCAACUUUAGAGGUUAAAAUAAAGCAGGACAAUAAUUCAGACGUAAAAACACGAAAAAGUAAGAUGAAAAUACAAAAUGGAAGUUUGAAAACCCGUGCUAACAAUAAAACAGCAAAAGAUGAUGAUGUUGACAAUUCGAAAAGGAAAACUGAACAUAAAAUGGAAAAUCAUUCAACUCACAAAAAUAAAAAAUCCAGAAAGAAUUAUAAAGUACAAAAGGGGUUAAACAGGAAAUAUGACAACGCCAUGAAUGAAUAUUUCAGGACACAAAAGCAACUAGCAAAUACCAUUCAUAAAACCAAAGAUGAUGAAAAACCUUUGAACAAAACUGAUUUAAGCUUUUUAGAAGCAAAUGAAUUCUCAAUUGAGAAGACAAAAAACGUAAAAGAUGACAAAGAAAAAAUACCGAAAAAAGAUAGUAAUGAAUCAUAGGA